AUGAGCGGAGGCUACAUCCCGUUUCCCACUUGGCUGAAUCCGGAGAUCGUACCCGGAUUGCCGCUGCGCUGGUACGGCCUGAUGUACCUGGUGGCGUUCUACCUCACCUAUCGGCUGCUGCGUGUCCGCAUGGCAGAACGGAACCUGAUGGUCGACAGGGAGACGGUGAUGAACCUCUUCUUCUGGGGGAUCAUCGGCGUGCUGAUCGGCGGGCGGCUGAUCUCCGUCAUCAUCUACGAUCCGAGCGGGCACUACCUGCGCAAUCCGCUGCAGAUCGUCGUGCCGUUCGUGCGCGAGGGCGGAAAGCUGCGCUUCGUGGGGCUGCAAGGGAUGGCCUACCACGGCGGCUUGCUGGGCGCGAUCGUCGCGGUAGCCCUCUAUUGCCGCGCCAAGCGGAUGCCGGUCGCCGAGUGGAUGGACAUGAUCGCCACCUGCACCCCGCUGGGCUACACCUUCGGCCGGAUCGGGAACUUCAUCAACGGCGAGCUGUUCGGACGGGUUACCGCCGUACCGUGGGGGGUGGUCUUCCCCGACGCCCCCGGGUUUCCGGCACAGGAGCUAUGGGCGCGGGAGAUGGCGGAGCGCUCCGGGAUCGAGAUCGGCCCGGAACAGGUGCUGGUGAACCUGGCGCGCCAUCCGUCGCAACUCUACGAGGCGGCACUGGAAGGGCUGGUGCUGUUCGCGGUGCUGUGGUUCGUGCUGCGCAAGCGCGCGCCGUUCCCGGGGGUGCUGUUCUCGGCCUAUCUGAUCGGCUACGGGGUCGUGCGCUUCGCGGUGGAGUACGUCCGGCAGCCGGAUCCCGGGCUGGACUUCCCGAUCAUGCUGGUCCAGGUGGCGAACCCGUCGCAGAUGAUCGCUGCUCAACUUCAGCACGGGUCAGAUCCUGUCCGCGAUCAUGAUCGCCGCCGGCAUCGCGGCGUUCCUGGUGUUGCGACGGCGCACCGUGCCGGCCGGCUCUGCGCCGGACGGCUCUGCGCAGGUCGGUUCUGCGCAGGCCGGUUCUGCGCGCACUUCGGCCGCUCGUCGCAGGUCGAGUGGGUCGCGCCGCCGUCGCCGCGCCGCGGCCAAGCGCUCGCAUUAAUCGUAAGGGCCGCAUCGACAAGGGGUUGCGGCUUGCCGGUUACCGCGGUAUGGGCGAUACUGGAUUUGAACCAGUGA